AUGCCAACCGAAAGAACUCACCUCCUUCCCAAGACACACUCAUCAUUUCUUUCACGCAAUGUAACACGCACACUCCCUUUCGCAUUAUUAGUCCUGGUUAUCUAUUCUGUCGCUUUUUACCUUCUGUGUACAUACGACCCAUACUCUAAAAGACCACUUCCACCGCUGACUGGGCGUUUUCUACAUAUCACUGAUAUCCAUCCCGAUCCUUACUAUGUUACAAAUGGAACAGCCAAGUCUUCGUGUCAUAAUGCAGAGGAAGAAAGCAUCGAUGGCAGAUUCGGAACGACCAGGAAACCCAAAUACAUGCGUAUGGGUCGCGGUGGUGCAUGGGGUGCCCCAGCAACACUGUGCGAUAGUUCUAUGAAGAUGAUAAAUUAUACGUUCGAAUGGCUAAAGGAAAACUGGAGAGAUAAUGUGGACUUUGUCAUAUGGACUGGAGAUAAUGCUCGCCACAACAAAAAUGUUCCAAGAACCAAACAAGAAGUAUAUGAUCUAAAUCGGAUGAUAGCACAAAAAUUCGUCGAUGCAUUUUCUGACCCAACAACCGGCCAACUUUCCGUUCCCGUAAUUCCAUCCAUCGGAAACAACGACAUGCAUCCAUCCAAUACGAUCGGGCCUGGACCCAACGAAAUACUCGACACCUUGGCAGAUAUCUGGUCUCCCUUCAUUCCUCCCACACAACAACACGUUUUCCGACGCGGUGGGUACUUUGUCAAAGAAGUGAUACCCGAUCGCUUAAUUGUAAUUUCCUUGAAUACGUUAGACUUUUAUAAAUCAAACGAAGCUUCUGACGGAUGCUCCAAGACGAACGAAGCAGGCAGUAGGCAGUUGAGAUGGAUGGAAGAGAUUCUGAGGAGGGCAAGAACAAGGGAUAUGAAGGCUUAUAUCACCGGUCACGUCGCUCCCAGAAGGAAGCAGUAUAUGUCAUCAUGCUUUAAGAAAUAUGGGAGGAUUGCGCUCAAAUUCCAUGACAUGAUACUGGGACAUUAUUUCGGUCAUUCAAACCUAGACCAUUUCUUCUUUAUUUCUGCAAAGGCUGUGGUUGACAGUCCGCCAGAUGAUGCAACAGAACUCGAUGUUGAGAAUGUUACCGACAAGGACGAUAAAGUCGACAGCAAGCAUUAUAACGAGAACAGCAAUGGCGACACUCGCAUUAAUGACACAAGCAACCCGCUUAACGCCACUCGAAAUGAUAAGCCCGUUUACGCUUACGCAUACGAAGAAUAUGCUCAGAAACUUCUCGACCAUUAUCGCUCGGUUCCCCCUUUGCAAAGGCUGGACCCCGAAGAAUAUACCGUCAUCCACAUCAAUCCGUCGAUUAUUCCAACAUUCUUUCCAUCACUGCGCGUAUUCGAUUACAAUAAAACAGAAAACUCGAUGAAUGUAACGGAAAUCUCGCGUAACGCUGCAGACGAGAUUUAUGCUGGGUUGGAUGAAGACGACAUCUCGGACGGUGAGGAUGACGAUACGUAUUCAACAGCAGGCAAACGUUCAAAGCACCGACACGAUCCGAAAUCGCCUUCUCAUACAAAUACCUUUCUCACUGCUCUUGGAUAUACGCAGUAUUUUGUUAAUCUUACUAAAGCGAAUGAAUCCCCCAAUACUAAGCCUUCCUGGGAAAUAGAAUAUACCACGCGGGAGACAUACGAGAUGAGUGAUUUGACGAUCGAUAGUUGGAUCAAGCUUGCUAGGAAAAUAGCAAGAGACGGGAUGUCGGGAUUCCUAUGGAAGAAGGUGCAUGAUCAUAUGUUGGUGGGAACAGCAGAAAUUAUAAAAGAAAGAGAAAGAAUGGGACUUCAAAGAUUGAAUGGAGGAAAGGGGGAUAAGGGGCCAAUGGACUAUAUCAUGAGUGAACUAGAGUUUUGA